GCGUGCCGCGGGCGCUCGUGAGCGCUAUCUCCGACGAGGCGCGCGAGGAAGCGUACAAGAAGAACGCGCCAGUCAUCUGCCUUGGGAAGCCUGGGACGGGGAAGACCACCGUGGUCAAGUCCUGCAUUCGGCGCGCCCAGGAGCAAGGCGCGCGCGUGCUCUUCGCCCUCCCGACGGCGCAGCUGUCCAGCCGCAUGAAGCAAGCACUGCAAGGCCUGGAGGGCCUAACGGUGGACACGUGCCACGCCGCAUUCAAGCUGCACGAUCCAAUCACAGAGAGUCUUCACAGGAUGACGGACUUCGACUUGGUGGUGGUUGACGAGGUAUCGCUGCUGAGUUGCGAAAGCUUCGAGCGCAUCCUGAAGCUGUGGAGCGUCGCGGGGAAAGUCCCCGCGCUGGUCUUCCUCGGAGACAAGCACCAGCUCCCUGGGGUCGAGCCGACACGUCCGUGGGAGAGUGCCGCAUGGAAGCAGCCGCGCUGCUUCCACGUGAAGCUCACCGAGACCUGGCGGUGCAAGGAGGAGCGCUUCCAGGAGAUCCUGGACGAGCUUCGGACAGACAAGCCUUCGAAGGAGACGUUCCGCAAGAUUGUGCGCGAUCACAAGGCGUGGAAGAGCAGAGGCGAUCCCACGCCCGCCGAAAUGAAGAAGCUCUUCGAGAAGCACCCAGACACGCGGAUCGUCACCUGCACGCGCAGGGGCGCUGCGGCCGUGAACGAGGCUGCAGUCGCUGCGCUGUACGGCCGCAAGACCCCGCUGGCCACGCUGGACGGCGACGUGGAACUCAACCCCGAGAACUACCUGGAUGGCAAGCUUCGCACUGACCGCCGUCUGGUUCCAAGCAAAGUGCCGAUCUAUAAGGGGAUGAAGUUGUACCUGACGAAGAACAAGAACAAGGAGGCUGACGAGGUCAACGGCAUGCUUUGCGAGGUGGAGAACUACCACGCCGAGGAGGACAUGCUGCGCGUGAUGACGAAGACUGGCCAUCGUCUGGCCAUCACUCGCUGGACCGAUCGCGAGAAGGGCAACGCGGUCUACUUUCCAAUCCGCCUCGGGUACGCCAGCACCAUCGACAAAGUGCAAGGCGACGAGUUCCCCCACAUCACUAUAUACCUGGACGGAUGGCCUCGACCAGCAGCGGGGUAUACAGCGCUCAGCCGUGUCGCGACGUCGGACGACUACCUGAUCGGCGGCUACGUGGAGCGCGACAACUUCAUACCCGCGUUCUGA